CAUCCUGGUGGAGAGAAGGGGCAGGCAGAGAAAAGUAGAGUCAGACACAGAGCAACCAGUGAGGCCGAGCCAGGAGAAUGAGAUGACACUCAAGCCAAGGAAUGGGGAAUUAGGAAAUAAUUAGAAAAAAAGCAGAGACAGUAAAAAAGUCAGAGAUAGCUACCUGCACCUACACACACAUUCAGAAACAGAGACCCAGGGAGUGGCAUACCCAGAGGGAGAAGUGGGGAGAGAACAGGUGUGGGGAGGACCUGCGGAAACAGAGAAAUCUCGAGUCAGAGAUUCAGGGACACUUGGUCCCCUCGGUGAGCCAUGGAAGCAGAAAGGAGGAGCCAGCCAGGGAAGCCGAAGAAGGGGCGAGUCUGCAGCAGCCUCUUGCUGGAGAGACACCCGGCCUCUGGGACCCUGACCACCAUGGUGGACUCGAGUGCUCCAUCCUCCAGGAAGCGCCCCGGUGCAGGAGUCGGGAGACCAAGGUUCUCCCCGCAAGGAGGACAGAGGGGCCGCCCGCACUCCCAGCGUCGCCACCGCACCACCUUCAGCGCAGCGCAGCUGGAACAGCUGGAGUCAGCCUUUGGGAGGAACCAGUACCCGGACAUCUGGGCCCGAGAGAGUCUCGCCCGGGACACUGGUCUCAGUGAGGCCUGAAUCCAGGUCUGGUUCCAGAACCGCAGAGCUAAGCAACGGAAGCAAGAGCGCUCACUGUUGCAGCCCCUGGCCCAUCUGUCUCCUGCCACCUUCUCCGGCUUCUUGCCAGAGUCCCCUGCUGGCCCCUACUCCUACACAACGCCACCUCCACCAGUGACCUGCUUCCCUCACCCCUACAGCCACGCAUUCCCCUCCCAGCCCUCCACAGGAGGCACCUUUGCUCUGCCACACCAGUCUGAGGACUGGUACCCUACCUUGAACCCAACCCCUGCUGGCCAUCCGCCCUGUCCCCCACCCCCUCCCAUGCUCCUCCUCAGCCUUGAGCCAUCCAAGUCCUGGAACUAAGGUCAAACAAGCACUGCUAAGGUGAUCCCCAGCCUGUGGCUCUCAUGAAAAAACAAGAAAACGGGGUGGCUUCCUUUUCUUCUAUGGGUGAAAGAGAUGUAUGGUGAGGGUCAGCACAGUGAUUGGAAUUUUAAAAAUGGGAGAUCAUGGUGAAUUCUCACUGCAGUGAUUAAUGGAGGAAAUCUGGGGAGGUGAGCUACUGGAAGAGGCAGGGAAAGAUGUCUCCAUGGAGCUGCCUGGUGAAGGGUGAUAUUGACGGAGACAGUUGCUGGUGAGUAGAGAUGACUGAAGGGCUAGGAUGUUGGGCCUUCAUUAACUGAGAUCAUGAUUGAAGAACAUCCCAGCUCUUUCUGGCUGA